UGCAAAUAUGUGAUUACAGGUCAGCAAUAGCCAGUGACUAACUGGAUUGGCCCACUAUGACACUCACUUAAUGGGCUCUUUCCCCCUUCAAAUAACGUGCCUCCUUUUCGAUCCGUAUAAGUGAUCGAUUGGCAUUGGUCUCCAGAAUUAUCCAGUUACUGUAUGCAUAUUAUCUCAGACAGACACUAGGCCUGAUACUGACCUGAUCCUGACCCAAUUUCACUGGACACAUAAGACAACAGACACACAAAGCAUUUCUGCUGAUGGGAUUUUCGGGGUUGUCUUCCCAUUCCUCCUGCACUGCCCCAGGGCUGAAGGCAGGAGAGGAGGGAAGAGGGGAGGCCCUUCCGAGAAGCACGCUGGAGGUGUGGCCUGAUUAACUUUUUCAUUCUCGGGUUCCCUGGUGUAGAGCUCAGCCAAACACGAGAGUGAGUAUAUGUCUGUGGAGUCAUGGCAGACACCACUGCAGAGGUCUCAGGCCCGGCCACCGCAAUCGAGGGCACCAGAGCAAUGCGAUCGAAGGACGGCCUGCAAGGGUCCCUGCAGCACAGGAACCAGCAGAACCAGAAAGAUCCUGAAGACAUGAACGGUGACUCAAGUGGUAAAAAUAUUCUGGAAUGGCUCUCCUGCCAGAGUGCAAGGGACAACAGUGCAGAAUCGAGACCUUUCCCUUCAGCAGACCCUCGAGGCCCAGCCGAGUCCAAAAAGGAAGAGGCGCAGGAGGCGGGUGAAGCAGAGAGCUUGGAGACAGACGGGGUGAGGUGCGACUCAUGCAUCGAGGUCCCCAGGAGGGCGCUCAAGUCCUGCCUUACCUGCCAGGUGUCUUAUUGCCUGGAGCACCUGCGGCCUCACCUGGAGAACACGCGCUUCCAGAAACACCGUUUGGUCGAACCGCUGUGCAACAUUGAGGGCCCUGCCUGCGAGGGCCACGGGAGGCCCUUGGACCUGUACUGUCACCAGGACCGCUGCUGCAUGUGCAGGGCAUGCGCUGAUGAGAAUCACCAGGGCCACCAGGUCACACCCCUGGGGGAGGUGCGCAAGCAGAUGGAGAAAGAGCUACGGCAAAAAGAGGCAGAGGUAGAGAAAGUGGCCAAUUCUGCGGAGAAUGCCAUCGUCAAGCUGCAGGACAACAUCAUGUCCUUGAAGCGUUCAGUGGCCGACGUCUUCAACCUGAUCAGCGGUCAAUUUUCGGAGCUGGCGGCCGCUGUGAUGAAGGCCCACAGAGCGAUGACGGAAGCAUUGGAGGAGGACGUGAGGAAGGCCACAAGGCAAGCUGAGGGCGUCCGGCUACACCUGGAGCAGAAGAGCACUGAUCUGAAGAAGAUACGGGCCCAGAUAGACAAGAUGAGCAGGAAUAAUAAUGAUAUCGACUUCAUACAGGAGUACUUGCAGUUGAAGGCAGGCAGCCUGGAUUUCAGUCUCCCUGGCGUGUACAUCAGCCUGACGGAGCAGCUGGCUGCAGUGAGCCUUGUGGUUGUUGAAUCCACCCAGGAGCUGUGUGAGAAGCUGCCUUCCAUGUAUAAGGAGAAGCUCAUCGAGACCCACAAGAGGGAGAAGCUGGCGAUAAGAAGUACAAUCUCAGUCAUUGCUGCUGAGCCCCACCCCCAGGUUCGAGAGGACUUCCUGAAAUAUGGUGCCUCUUUGACCUUUGACCCAAACACUGCUCACAAAUUCCUGCGCCUAACGAUGGAGAAUAGGAGAGUGACCAACAGCACACCGUGGCAGCAGAGUUACUCCGACUCCCCUGAACGAUUUGAGCACUGGCGCCAGGCAUUGGCCGUGGAGAGCUUUUACCUUGGCCGCCAUUACUUUGAGGUGGAAGCCAAGGGGGAUGGUGCCCACAUGGGCCUCAGCUACAAGAGAAUCAACCGCAAGAGCCAAGAGAGCAAUGGCUGUAUCACGGGCAACGACUUUUCCUGGUGUCUACAGUGGAGGAGCAACGGCUUCUCUGCCUGGCAUGCGGAUGUAGAGAUGCCCCUGGCAGCAAGCAAGCUUGUGCGCAUCGGGGUCUAUGUGGACUAUGAUGGAGGACAGCUGGCUUUUUAUGGUGUGACCGACAGCAUGAUGCUCCUCCAUCAGUUCCGAGCCGAGUUCCUGGAGCCUCUCCACCCAGCCGUCUGGCUCCCCAAGAAGGAGGGUGCCAUCCUGCUGCUCAGCCCCAAAGAGGCCCCUACAAUUGAGGACUCCCCACUUAUGUCACCUUCCUCCACCCUGUCUCCCUCCACCACAUCGCCAUCCUCCCUGUCUCCCUCCCUCCAGUCACCCUCCACCUAGUUUCCCUCCAUAUAGACACCCUCCACCCAGCUCCCUCCUCCCUGUCACCCUCUAUCCAGCCCCCCUCCUCCCUGUCACCCUCCACCCAGCCCCCUCCUCCCUGUCACCCUCCAUCCAUUCACAGUGUACAUUUUGAUUAGUAGAUGCUCUUAUCAACAAGCAGCUCACAUACAGUACAGCUGGUGUGUAUGUUGAUGCUUCCAUGUCUCAUUCUCGCCAGUGCGGGGAAGCAAUAAAAAAGGCCAAUAGGAUGUUGGGGUAUAUCUCCAGGUGUGUGGAGUUUAAGUCAA